UUGACGUCUGGGAUGGUGGGGGAACAGCUGACUGUCGCAAAACCUAAACAAGCACGGCCAUCUUCGAUCGAGUGUUUUCGAUGGAGUUUUUUGGUUUGAAAUUCGCAUGAAUCCGCGAUUUCUGACUGAAGAUCUCCGAAACAAAUCGGCUUUUUCGUUGUGACGGGUAAUACGGCCGUUUCCGUCCUUGUCGGACGAUUUUAGGCCCCAGUGACGUCAUGGCCGCGAUUGCGUUUGUUUUCUUCAAGUAGUUUCAGUUUCAACAAAGUCAACCUGCCACUCCAAUGAUAAGACACAUCAAACAUGAACUCGAUCCAAAACAACUUUAGAAAGGCUCACGAUGCCUUUUUGGCGAAUGCGCCGUUCGCGGAUCCCGCUGAGUCAGUGGAACCCAUUACCGAGUCCACCCAGAGAGUUUCAAUCAACGAGAAAAAAAUCGGAGAGGUUUGGUCAGAACGCACUUUCGAUACCGACAAAGUUAAAGUGGAAACGGUGACGCCAAUACCCAACGCAAAAACCACCUGGGGAACGCUGGAAAUAAACACACAGACAGAUCAGAGGGCAUGCGACCAAAACGAAGAAGAACGAGCAGAGCCGAAACAUGACAGCAGACCGGUGACAGAACCAGUGCCCACUGCUGACCAACCGCAGGACGACACGUCACCGUCACAUCAUGCGCGUCGCCCACCAAACGCCUUCUUAAUCUUUUGCAAGAAACACCGCCCAAUAGUGCGGCUCCGCUUCCCCACCACUGAAAACCGCGGGGUUACCAAAAUUUUAGGCGAGUGGUGGGCGCUGCUGACUGUGGCGGAAAAACAACCUUACAACGAUUUGGCGAAAGAGUACAAAGACGCUUUUCUAUCGGCUAAUCCGGGCUUUAGAUGGUACAAACUACCGGCGCCACCAUUGCGCACGCUUGCCUCUCGGCCGACGCAAGUUGUUGUUGCCAAACCCACCCCUUUAGCCGCCGGUCCGGUUGCAAAAACGACGCCACCCGAAUUCACGCCGGGCAAACUCGCCGACGAAUCGCAGCUCGGCGGACUCACUUCGCUGAUGACGAACAACAACUUUCAGCCGCCGAAGAUGCCCGAAGUGGAUAUGCACAGUUGCCAAAUUGAAGCCAACAAUAAUGAAGACCCGAUGUUGAAGGCGAGGACCGACAAAACACUGUGUAGCCCUGAGGUAAACGUUGUCGUGACCGUUCCUCCCAAGCCAAUAAAAAAGCGCAUCUUUGAGCAGUUUGCGGACGAGCAAGUUCGCGAAUGUUCCAGAAAUAUUCUCGAUCGUGACCUGACCAAUCAGGACUUGCUGGACAAGGUAGUCGACGGUAUUUUCGCCACUGAUAGAGACGAGCCAAAGGAGCAGAGAAAGAGCGACCGUAUGUGCAAAGGCAAACGAUACGAGCGCUUUAUGGUAGAAGCAAAGCUUCUGGGAAAUAAACGCGACACUAGGCUCACCCAGCAUUACCGGAUUGGGAAGAUUUAUGAGGGCGAAGCGGCAACGCCGACACAGCCGCCUCCCCACUUCAACCUGGAGAAUACCAUCAAACGAUUGGCCGAGCGAACCAACAUCAAAAUAGACGAGGAAGUCAAAGUUGAGGUUGAACGUCCUCGAACAAACACGGACUCGGCCGAAAGUGCCCGAAUCGACUUCAAUCUGGACUCGCGCAUUGACGCCCUGCACAGUCUAAGCUACGACGACUUUGUCCGAAGGAAGCGCGAAAGCAAAAAGCGGAAACUAACGAACACAAAAUUCCAACGGACCGACAACGAACGACUUUUGACUAACGCCCCUCCGCUAGUUGGCUCAAAAAAGCGUAAGAAUAAGCGCAGCAUCACUCAUUUAAACAAAGCUGAUGAAGAGGAGGAAGAUGUGCUACCAGCUGAUAAUGAGCUGCUGGGUUUAGCGACUCUGGCCAUGGUGGCGGCCAGUACAGAGAAAAUUGGCUGAAUUCUUCUAAGGGUAAUUUCUCGAAAUCUAGCAGGUAAAGUAGAUUAUUUUUCUGACUGGUUAGAGGAAGCAUUCUUCUGAACUCUCGUCAGAUAAAUCAUUAGUCGAUGAUGAUUUAUUUGAAUAAUAUUUAAUCAGACAAAUAUUUUAAAACUAUCAAAAUAAAACUCGGACCAAAUUACCGUAAAAGCAAUACUUUUAACGCUCUUUAAUCGGCUCUAUACUCUACCAAAACAGCUGCUAAGGAUCGAAAUUUAGCAUAGAAUUACCCAAACUACUCUAUUUAAUACGGGUCAAGCGGGCUUAGACGCGCGAUUUUCAAUUGUUCCUCUGUCUAAGCGACCCUUAAAUCAGGUGUCUGACGGUCGCCCCCCCCCUCCUUUAGUAUUUAAAAGACCUGUACAAUUACAAUUAAAAUAGUCAAUUUAGAACACUGAUACCGAAUUUAGUGUCUUAUUAGCACAGGAUUUUAAUCCAUUUAUCCAUGGUCGUACCUCCGGUUUUAUGAAAAGGGCGUGGUCGAAGCUUAAUUCUAUUAUUCUAAUAUAAACUAUUCCGAAUUAAAUUGUACGGGGCGUGAUUAUAGCUGGACAAUUUGUCAAAUACCUUUGAUGGGCGUGGCAUGGGUUGAUUGGCCGUUAUGGUGAAUUGUUAGGUUACGACAUGGAAAAUAUAGUUUCAAAGGAUCUUCCAUGGCAGUGAAAAUAAUCAAAUAGUCAGUUAUUUUUGUAGGUAUUUAGCCGAGGAAAAUAGAAAAGCACCUAUUAUUACA